CCCAAGCGGUGGCGAGGAAAGGAAUAGCGGGAAGAGAUAAUGGUGGCAUUACACGUGGGCAUUAUCUCUUUCAAUUCUUGCUUUCCUUGUCUGCCUGGUUCUCGUCUCCUCCGACUCCGCUUCACCAAACGCAAAUCAUCUUCCGUUGCUGCCAUGAGUGAGGAUCCAAUCCGUGAAUGGAUUCUGUCAGAAGGAAAGGCAACUCAGAUUACAAAGAUAAGUUCUAUUGGUGGUGGUUGUAUCAAUCUUGCAAGUCGUUACGACACUGAUGCUGGUUCUUUCUUUGUCAAAACAAAUAGGAGUAUUGGACCAUCCAUGUUUGAGGGGGAAGCUCUUGGCUUAGGAGCCAUGUAUGAAACCAGAACAAUCCGUGUACCUAAGCCAUUUAAGGUUGGACCCCUACCAGCAGGAGGAUCUUACAUCAUUAUGGAAUUUAUUGAAUUUGGUGCAUUUAGAGGGAAUCAGUCUGUCCUAGGAAGGAAGCUCGCUGAAAUGCAUAAAGCUGGGAAAUCUGAAAAAGGCUUUGGAUUUGAUGUUGAUAAUACAAUUGGCAGCACUCCUCAGAUAAAUACAUGGACAUCAGAUUGGAUUGAGUUUUAUGGAGAGCAUAGACUAGGUUACCAACUAAAGUUGGCAUUAGAUCAGUAUGGUGAUACAAGCAUUUGCCAAAAAGGACAAAGACUUGUUAAGAACAUGGCACCUUUGUUUGAGAACAUAGUUAUAGAGCCAUGCUUGCUUCAUGGAGACUUAUGGAGUGGGAAUAUCAGCUCUGACAAAAAUGGCGAGCCUGUUAUCCUUGACCCAGCAUGUUAUUAUGGGCAUAGUGAGGCAGAAUUUGGAAUGUCAUGGUGUGCUGGUUUUGGAGGAUCAUUCUACAAUGCUUAUUUUGAGGUGAUGCCAAAACAACUAGGGUUUGAGAAAAGGAGAGAUCUUUAUAUGUUGUAUCAUUACCUGAACCAUUAUAAUCUUUUCGGUUCUGGAUAUAGAUCAUCGGCGAUGUCAAUAAUAGAUGACUAUCUGCGGCUAUUAAAUGUGUAAUUGGGUACAAGAGAAGUGUAUGCAUUUGUAUAGGCUUUUUGUUGUUGAACUCUUGUUUUAAACAAUUUCAACUCCAUCUUUCUGUUUUAAGCAAUAUAAUAUAUGCCCAAAGAUCUUUACAUUCUA